GCGCCCGCGAGCUGGUUGCGCGGAGGGGCCGGGCGCUCGCGGUGGCGUCAUUGCCCGGCCUCGCCGCGUCCGCUCUCCCCUGUCCCAGCUCCGGGCGGGCGGGGAGGAUGGCUUCGGAGAUAGAGUCCUCUCUGGAGGCCAGCUUCUCCAACAGCUGCGUGGUGCCGGGGGCUUCGGGGUGUCUGCCUCCCGCUCGCUCCCGCAUCUUCAAGAUCAUCGUGAUCGGCGACUCCAACGUGGGCAAGACGUGCCUGACCUACCGCUUCUGCGCCGGCCGCUUCCCCGACCGCACCGAGGCCACCAUCGGGGUGGAUUUCCGAGAGCGCGCGGUGGAGAUCGACGGGGAGCGCAUCAAGAUCCAGCUGUGGGACACGGCGGGCCAGGAGCGCUUCCGCAAGAGCAUGGUGCAGCACUACUACCGCAACGUGCACGCCGUGGUCUUCGUGUACGACGUCACCAACCUGGCCAGCUUCCGCAGCCUGCCCGCCUGGAUCGAGGAGUGCCGGCAGCACCUGCUGGCCGGCGACAUCCCGCGCAUCCUCGUGGGGAACAAGUGCGACCUGCGCGGCGCCGUGCAGGUGCCCACGGACCUGGCGCAGAAGUUCGCGGACGCGCACAGCAUGCCGCUGUUCGAGACCUCGGCCAAGAGCCCGCACGACAGCGACCACGUGGAGGCCAUCUUCAUGACGCUGGCGCACAAGCUCAAGAGCCACAAGCCGCUCGUGCUCAGCCAGCCGGCCGCCGACGGCGUGGCCCUGCAGCCCGAGGCGCGGCCCGCGCUGCCCUGCUGGUGCUGAGCCCGGCUCCUCAGUGCGGAGAGGGCGGGACCGCCCGAGCCUCCCCGCGCUGCGCCUGCGCCGCCCGGCCCGAGGGGCGCGCACGGAACGCGCUUUGCCCUCAUCCCGGGUCUCUGGAGCGCCGGGCCCAUCGGAAGCGCGGAGGAGCCGGGACUCCCCCGGCUGCUUAACGUGGGUCCUGGUCGCCUGUUCUUCCCUGGCCCCCAGUUAAUUCAGCGACUGAGUGUUGGAUAAAAUCAGCUUCCAUGUGGGUGUAGCUCGUGGGCUUCACCCUGAUUCCUAUGAGUGUAUUUCUGUAACGGUGUUGUGUUUGCAGUUUCUGUAUGGUCGUAGCAAAGCAGUCCUCCUCAGUGUGAUAAGGAUGUUAGAGCCAGGCGUGGCCAUAAUCCCAGCACUGGGGAGGCUGAGGCAGGAGGAUUGCCAGGAGUUCCAGGCCAGCCUGAACUACAUAGUGAGACCCUGUCUCAAAAAAACAAAAACAAAUUGAAAAAUAUUUUUCCAUCCCUGGGGUGAAAAUAUCUCAACUUUUUUUGCCCAAUUUUUAUUUUGAAUUUAAGACUUUGCACAAAGAAAGUAGCGCACUUGCAUAUGAAGCUAUUUACAUAAGCGGAAUGUAAGCCAUGGACUUUCGCUGACGUGCGUGCACGCAGCCAUUGGGUCUUGGCUGCCCGUAGUCGUAGAGGAAGUUAAGCCAAAAGAUGAUUGUACUUACGGGGUUUUAUUGAAUCACUGCAGUGGUCCUAAAUGGAUAAUUUAGUUACAAAAACAGACAUAAUUCUAUUAAAUAACCUAAUUGAAAGUAAUUAUAAUAAAUUACAAUAAAUAAUUCAGUUUUAAGUAUUAAAGUCAAAUUAGCUUCAUUUGCAUUCUGGGAGAUUAAUCCGGUUUUCCAUUGUUUUUAAUUACGCUAGAAUUAAAAUUUUUAUCUAAAUUAACAUUGAUUUUUAACUAUUUUUAUAUAGCAAAGCGAUGACAGCUGUUGUACUUGUGAUGGGUGCGUUAGGGUUUUAAAAGAAGGGACUCUUUCUUUUCAGAAUAUUUUUUGAAGUUUUUAAAGGGAAGAAAGUAUAAACUUUCCAAGUAUAUCUGUUUUUUUAAUAUUAUAUGAGUUUUUUAAAAAGUAAUUUUCUUUUUUUUGUAAGCGGUUAGGAACAAGUAUCCAUUACAGCUCUAUGAAAUGACUUAAUUUUUCACUUUAAUAUUUAUUAAAUUUUAAAUAUUUUUAUCUCAUUUGCAAAAGCUUACCGGUUUAAUUUUUAGGACACAUUUUUAUUUUCCAAGAGAAGAUAUUUAGUUGAAUGAGGAUGAAAGCUUUUACAUAUAUUCCAAAAUAUUUAUAAAACACUUCAUGGACUGUUGAAAUCACUUCCAAAGAUGGUGGCUAUCAAACAACUGUUAAUUUUUUAAGCACAAAUCCCAUGUUUUGUAAGUCUGUGAAUUUAAUUUUCGACCUUUGAUGGAAAUACCAGAAUUGUUGUAGAAAUGUCUGAAUUUGAGAAGACCGGGGAAACCGCCGGGCUCGAACGCACCCGCCACCCUGCCCGGCUCUGCUGGACGCGAGCGCUGUCGGCGUCUGCCCGGAAGAGCCGGCAUGGUUUGCUGCGGAGUGGGUCACAUAUCCUCCGUGGAGCUCAAUAAAUCAUCUUUGCUAGGAAAGAAA